UAACUCAUCAACCGCCAGAUAAGCAUGAUGCAGCUGUUAUCUUUCUGAUAUCUUUCUGUAGAUUUUGAAAAAAAUAUAAUCACAGAUUAGCAGAGUAUUUUGACAGAAAGUGUUUUGAAGGUUUAUUGUGCAGUUUUGAGUAAAAAUGGACGAACAGAAAAAAUUAAAACAGGAACUGUUAGAAAUUUUAACAGAGGUGGCCAAAGUGAAGAAAAUCAAAGAUUUCGAGUUGAUUCCUAAUGUGAAUUUGAACUAUGGGGAUGGAUUCGUGUCGCAUUUUUACACAGGACAAGUAAAAAACAGAGAAAACGAUGAAACUUUUGAAGUUGCUAUCAAAAAAUGCCCAGCGAAUCGAUCGGAGAUCAUGGGCUCUUUGUUUAAUAACGAAAUAAUUUUCUACGAAUCCAUAUUUCCGAUGAUGAGAGACUUUCAGUUAAAACGAAACAUCGUUGAAGUCGUUGAUAACGUUCCUGGUUAUAUUUGUGGUAGUACGGAGCCGAAUAAGGCAUAUGUAGCUAUGGAUAAUGUGAAACAUCUCCGAUAUGUCUUGUAUGACAAAACGAAAUUUUUCAACGAGGAACAUUUAACGUCAAUUUUUAAACUAUAUGGUAAAUUUCAUGCUCUUUCGUUUGCUCUUGAGAAAAGUGAACCAGUCGCCGCGAAAGACAUACAAAAAGGCCUUUUUAAUACAUUCAGCAACAUACCUGAUCAAGUAUUACAUCAGCUGAAGGAACCCUUUGAGAUUGCAGUGGCAAACCUGGAGUCUGAAGAUCGGCAGAACAUUUUUGAAAAAGUCUCGUACGUAUUGGAUAAUAUGAAGGAAGUUUAUAGCAAAUGCUGUAGUUAUUCCGGAAAGUAUUCUUGCAUUAUACAUGGAGAUUGCUGGUCAAACAACAUGCUGUUCAAAUACAACGUGAGUACUUUUGUGAUGUAA